AGAGGUGGUGCACAGUGUGGUGGAGAUCUCUCGCUAUGCGCGAUUGUCAUUCGGUGGUUAGUCAAUGUUGAUCGAUACGGUGGAAUAGAAGUGUUGGACGAUUUUUUUUUCUUAAAACUGGGCGCAAAACUGGGUGUCGAAAGGAGUACGAAGAGAGAAGAGAUCUGGAAGAGAGACAAAGACGUGCUAAUAGAGUGGAUUGUGUGAUCAUUUAAUGGAGUUCUGUGUUCUAUAGAAGAUCACUUGCGAUCAACGGGGCUAGGCUUGAGUUUUAUUUGAGGAAAUAUUUUUUAAACAUACAAAAAAGUGCUUUUCCUCCAAAUUAAUGCUCAGUUUGUAGCAGAAUAAUAAUUCAUCACACCACACCACUCUACAGUCAUCUUCAAAAAAACAAAUUUCGAGCACAAAAUUAGUGAACCAGGAAGUUAUAGCGAGUGCGAGAGAGAAGCCAUUAUGUCUACGCUUAUGUUUUGGAAUAAACAGAAUGGUGCUAAUCAGAAUGGGAAUGAAGCAAAGUCCGGCAAAAGAAAUUGGUUGCAUGCACCGGAUGUUCUUGUCAAUGGUCACGUUGCUUAUCUAGUCAAAUUCCUGGGAAGUUGUCCAGUGGACCAGGCAAAGGGGAUUGAUGUAGUGAAGGAUGCCAUUAGGCGCCUGCAGUUUGCGCAGCAGAUGAAGAAAGCGGAGGGGGGUAAUAAUGUAAAAGCAAAGAAGCUAGAGAUUACUGUAAGCAUAGAUGGUGUGGCAAUUCAGGAGCCACGGACACAGACAAUCCUCCAUCAGUUUCCACUCUAUAAAAUCAGCUACUGUGCUGAUGAGAAGGGUGUGAAGAAGUUUUUCAGUUUCAUUGCUAAAACGGGAAAUACGGCAAAUGGAGAUUCACCCGUGAGUGGUGGUACUGAGGAGGGACAUGAGUGCUUUGUCUUUAUCUCUAGUAAAUCAGCUUCUGAUAUCACAUUAACAAUCGGUCAGGCCUUCGAUUUGGCCUACAGACGGUAUAUGAAUGAAAAUGGGAAAUUCACGGAAAUGACCAAACUUCAGCAGCAAAAUAAGCAAUUAGAACGAACGGUGACUCUCUAUAGGCAACGACUGAAGGAAUUGGCGGAAAUUCUUCCCAAGAGUGAUCUCGAUCGACUUCUCAUACGACUCGGGUUGAAGGAUAUACUGGAAGUACCGGUACAAGAGAAUGGUCUCGAUAAUCACACAGCAGCUAUGAAUGGGAAGAAAACCCCGGAUUUGGGUAUUGAUGUUUCAGCACCGUGCAAUGAUGAUCAAUUGCUAAUUGAGACGUCACCGAAGCACUUUGCUCCAAUUGUUCCACCGCGCAAUUUGCAAAAUCAAAUUAAUAGCACCCUAGAGGCGCUAAAGCCCAGCGUGGGGACAAAACUCGAGGGACUCCUGCUCAAUUCCGAUUCAGAUAGUGACUUCGAUCCGCGUGCGUGUGAAAGUGAAAUGACCAAUGGCAAUAAGAUCACAAAUGAUCUCUUUGGGUUUGAACCACCCAAAACACUGGGUCAGCAACUCUUUACCAAUCCCAUCAGUAAUGGUACGAAUCUCACAAAUGGGAGUCUCAAUGGGAGCACCGGGAUGCAGGCCAUCACGCCGCCACUGUUGGCUCCCCCGCCAAAAACAGCUGCACCACGUAGGAGUGCCCCAGCACAGGGGCUAAACAAUUCGAGUCAAGAUCUUUUUGGAUCGGCACCCUUUAACCCGCAUCCAGUGGCAUUCGAUGAAAGUGGGCGCCGGAACCCCUUCGGGAGCGAUCAGGGGGGUGGUGUCCUAGAGGCCCCGGAGAUGGCCACUCUUGCCAGCAUCUCCAGCCAAUUUGAUGACUUUCUGGCCAACUCACACACGGCCAAUCCCUUUGGGUCCUUCGCCAGUGACAGCUUGGGGCCCCUUGAGGGUAUCUCCCUCAGCGACAAGCUCCUGGGUGUGUCAAAGGGGGCCACCACGGAGUCCAGGGGCAAGAAUCUCGAAUUCGUCAACCAAAUUCCCAAUGGGCCAACGGGGGGUGAGUCUCGGGGCUCUUUUUGCGUCACAGACGCUUUGAUUUUUUAUUUUAUUAUCUUAUUUCCUUCAAAUACCGUCUGCACGUCUUUUUCAAUGUUUUGUGUUCGUCUCCUAUUUUUUGUUAAAUUAUCAAUUUUAUAUUUCUCUUUUGGUGGUAAAUCUCGUUUUAUUUUUGUUUUUUUUGUUCAACAAGACCUAAUAAAUUGCAGUUUUUUUUAAAUGAAAAAAAAAAAGCUCAUUAAGUUCUGUAAGAACCUUUUAUGUUUUAUACGGAAAAUUGUGCUUAAUCAUUUUGGCAGUUAAAUUACUUUUUUUUUAGUUAAAAGCAUCUGCUUAGUGGAAUGGAAAAUUACCACACUGAAAUUUAAAAAACAGAACAGUGUAAUUAUAUUGAGAUAAAAAGAAUUUAAGACUUUUUUUUACAAACAAUUUAUAUUUGAAUUCAUUUCAAUAAAAUAAAAUUUGUAAUAAAAAAAAACUAGGGGAAAUUCCGAUUUAUACUUUAUAUUAAAAAACUGAUUGUUUAUGUAGGGUUGUAAAUUUUUUUUAUUAGUAUAAUGAAAAAAAAACGCUAGUUUUCAUGACCUUGACCCUUUAAAUUCUGACCUAUUAAUUAAUUACCUAUUGAAUAAGUUCUUUAUUGUUUUUAUAUUAAUUUGGAUGCGAGCUUGGGUAUUCUAGCCAGUUCGUCCCUGAUCCUUUAUUUUUCAAGAAGAAAAGUUUAGAAUAAUUUAAAAAUGAUUAAAGUUUCUUUUUGACAAUAUUAUGAAAAAAAUUAAAUUUAACCUUUUCGCAUUUUUGGGUCAUACGAUGACCCAAACGUAAAACAUUUUAUUUUUCAAAUUACUUAUGAAAUUGUUUUUCUAAGUUGUAAAUGCAUCAGAUUCUCGUAAAAGGGGCCAAAGAAGACGUUCUGACUGAGAAAAGUCCUCUGAAUGCAUCUAGAUAAUAAUUAUCGUGAUAAAAAAAGAGCUGGACGCGAAAGGGUUAACUGAAAGAAUAAGCAAUGAUUUCAAUGAAAUUCUCCAGGAAUAUUUCAUUAAAUACUAAUACUUUGUCAAAUUAAACAUAUAAAAAUAAAAAGCGACAUAAGAAGAUUCUAAAUUCUCAUUUACCACCAAAAGAAAUUCAUUUUAUAGGUACAUUUUGCAUAAAUUUAGUUUUUGUUUUUUAUGUUUUUUUUUAAGAAUGUUUUUCUUGAAUUUAUGUUUUUGUUAAUCCCACAAAAAUUGUCUGCUUUUGUGAACUUUUCGCUCGUCCUUGAACCCCAUUUGUCCUUCAUUUUUUUUGCAAAUUGUUUUGUUUGCUUUUAUCAUUGUUUGGCGUUAAUUUAUUAACUUUUCUCUUUUUGUUAAAUACAUAAAAAGAUCACAAAAUAGCAUUGAUCAUUUUUUAUUUUCUCUUUUUUCUUGCAGACUUCAAACAAGGGGCUGGCGUUUGGGGUUGAUGAUUUCACAUUGGAAAGUUUAGAUCCUCUCCGGAAGUAAUUUGUACACGGAGAAAUGCUGGAAUUCUUUUGGCUUAUUUAGUGUGAAGAAACAGAAGAAGAUAAAUUGCUAUAUAUUAUACAUAAAUAAGAACAAAAAGUGUAUUCUCUUCAGUGUGGCAAUUUGUAUAAAGUUUUUCACAGUGUCCUAUAAAUAUAUAAUUGUAUACAUAUUAGAAUAUUUCUUGUUUUGUCUAUAAGAACACUGAAACAAAAAUCACAACUAAAAAAAUAAAGAAACAGCAUUAGUAAAGGAUUCUCUGGAAAAAAAGCAUUAUAUAGGGAAAUUCUUAUCGAAAGUUAGCUUUAAAGAAUUUUAAAGAAAUAGUUGAAGAAAAAAAUAAGGAAAGGAAUAUUAUGCAAAGGAGACAUUCCAGGAGAUAAAAAAAAGUUAUAAAGAGUAUCAAAGAUCGUGAUAUAAAAUGAGGAAGGAGUGUUAAGAAAAAAAAAGUAAUGUCCCCAAAUCCCUGAAAAAAAUCCCCCUUUAUGUAAAUAUUUUGUACCUUAGCAAAGAGAAUGAUGAAUUUAAAAAUGAAAAAAUGUUAUAUAUUAAAAAGUAAUUACCUACUAUAUAUAAUAAUGAUUAUAUUGGUGCUUUCAAGUCUUCUUGUUGAGGGUGGGACACAAAAGUGAUGAUCUACUUUAUUAUUUACUUUAUAAAUACAUUAUAUUUUUUUUAUUUGUAAUCUCUACAUUUUGUUUUUUUUCUCUCGUUACUCUGAGCAACACUGCGUGUCUCCCGAAAUAUUAUUAUUACAUAAAAGAAACAUAGUAAAUAAAACAAAAAUUAAAUACUAUUUUCUGUGUUUAAAUAAAGAAUAAAACCUCCAUUAUUCUAUGUAUUAGAUUUAUUAAAAUAAAA